CGUGAAAGUAGACGAUUGGAUGGGGUCGCCUGUCCCAAAAAUUGAAUGUUGUAAAAUGAUUUCAGAUCUUUAGAUCAGACCUUAAACAAAAGAGACAACUUAUUUUUCUCCUCCUUGUAACAGUGGCUUACGGCGGAGUGUCUGGCGGUGGCGGCGGCGGAACAGGUGGAUGGCAAGAAGCAACAAAUACACCUCCCUCAACUUCAAUGGAAUUUUUGAAAAAAAGUUGAACGAGAAGAAUCAACCCUCUACCAAUAAUUCCUCCGCUAAAUCAUUUGCAAAUCAGAGUAAUACUGUUUUAUCAAACUCACGCAUCCAUGGUCACAUGCUUGUUUUGAGCCGGCCGGCACCCAAACCAAUUUCCGUACCUCGGAAGCCUGAAAACAAGGACAAGUGUUCUUCUGUUUCAUCUACCUUGCCCCCAGAUCAACCCCAAACCGGUUCCCGGUCGGACUGUAUUUCUCUCCGUCCACAAGGCCGCACCGGGUCGGGUCCAGUGCUAAAUUCGUCUCCCUCUCCGUCUCCUGUGUCUCCCUCGCCUGCUUCUGUGAAGUGUGAUCGGUUCGUUCCGCCGCAUCUCAGGCCUGGAUUUGUGGGCAGAGAGGAGAAUCCUGGAUCGGAGCUUGCGAAAGGUGGGUCAGGUAGUUUUAAAGUUAAACCAGAGUUUAGAGGGCAUCGAUCGGGUCAGGUUCAGGAUCCAGGGCAUUACGGGCUGGUGACGAUCGACAGAAGGCCGAAAUCUGGAGGUGGAUAUGAACCCAUAACAAGAGAUCAUGAGCUGCUGGAUCUAACUCGUCCCGGUUCAACUGGGACCCGGCCCAGUUCCAGUGUAUGAUGCAUUUCACUAAGCUAACCUCCUUUGGCCACAAGUACAAAAGCACUUCUUAGCUCCAUUGGCAUGCCGGUGUAACUGAUCUCUCAGUGAAGUCUGGUGCGUACUAUGAACAUUCGGGAUUUUCUCUAACUAAAGUUGUCGAUGUUCUAGGAUAUGGUGUCCAUUUUGGUAAUGAAAGAUAGAUUCUAAUACAAAGGGCUUUUCGACCUUAACACUGUAGGUCUGAUACUUGAUAAGCAUCUUAUAUUUUGCUUAGUUUUUGUUUCUUUUAAAGCUAUGUUAAUAAGAAAGAUGGUGAUGUUGAAAUGUAAAAUAUGCAUGUAUAAUCUAUCUUCCUACUGUUUCUCUUGUAAAACUAUCGUAAGAGGGGUUAUUCAGAAGGGAUCAUGUGUUCUUCCUAUCUGUAUUGGAAUAGCCUUGUACUUAAUGGUUGGUGUGACAGAGUUUCUUUUGUCAAAUGGAUUUUGCUUGGCUUC